CUUUGGUGCUGCGUGUGUGCGCGCGUGUGCGCGCAGCGCCCCUGGGUCUGUGUUUUUAUUGCACUUUCCUGUUGGCUCCCAGCUGCCCCGCCAGUUCCGGGGAGGGCCCUGGGCCGCGCCUGUCCCCCCUCCCUCCAUAAAGGCCCGCGGCCUCGGGGCGCCGCACAGCCGCCCAGCCGCGAGACGGGACGCCCUGCCCAGCCUCCGCUGCCCCGCCCGCCGCUCCGGCCAUGGCGCGCCCGCGCCGCGGCGCCCUGCGCGUCCCGCACGUGCUGUGUGUCUUGCUGACUCUGUGGGAAGCUGGAUUCCAGACCUGCACAGCCUCUGCCCCCACAGCCUGUGCUCGCUGGUGCCCUUGGAACUCCACGUGUGUCAGUGCCACCGCCUGUCGCUGCGAUCCGGGAUUCAGUUCCUUGUCUGGGGAGCUCAUCACCAGCCCCGCGGAGAGCUGCGACGACAUCAACGAGUGUGGACCACCCUCGGCAGUGUCCUGUGGGAAAUUUGCAGACUGCGAGAACACGGAAGGGAGCUACUAUUGCACAUGCAACCCAGGAUACGAGCUUGUUUCUGGAGGAAGAAUGUUCAGGAACGAGAGUGAGAACACGUGUCAAGACGUGGACGAAUGUCAGCAGAAACCCAGAAUCUGUAAAGGCCGCAGUGUCUGCAUCAACACCCAGGGCAGCUACACCUGCAGGUGCCCGCCCGGCUUGGAGCUCAACCUGACGGACCCGAAGCUGUGCACAGACGUGAAUGAAUGCACCUCGGGGCAUAGUCCGUGUCACAAUUCCACCCACUGCCUCAACGUCGUGGGCGGCUACAAGUGCCGCUGCCGCCCUGGCUGGAAGCCAGUUCCUGGGUCCCCCGAUGGCCCCAACAACACCGUCUGUGAAGAUGAGGACGAGUGCAGCUCUGGGCGGCAUCAGUGUCACAACUCCACUGUCUGCUUCAACACCGUGGGCUCCUACAGGUGCCACUGCCGCCCAUGGUGGACGCCGGUUCCUGGGUCCCCCAAUGGCCCCAACAACACCGUCUGCCAAGAGAUCUUCCCCCCCUGGACUCCACCUCCUGGAAACAAGAGCCAGCAUCUCUCCCGCUUCUUUGAAAGAGUCGAGGAUCUGCGCAGAGACUUCAAGUCAGCCUCGGCCCAGGACACCAUCCGGAACCUCAUCCAGUCAGUGGACGAGCUGGUCGCCCCCAGGGACCUGGAGACCCUGGCCCUGUGUGACCGCCACCACACGGUCACCCACCUGCUCUCGGGCCUUGAAGACAUCCUGAGGACCCUCGCCAAGGCCAUGCCUGCAGACUCCUUCACCUACCGUUCCCCUGAUGGCACUGAGCUGUCCCUGCUCAUCUGGGAGCGGGGGAAUGGAAACGUCACCAUAGGCCAGAGCCACGCAAGGAUGCUGCUGAACAGGGCCGUGGCCGCUGGACCUAAGGAAUCGGGCCCCACCAUGGCGGGCCUCCUCUCCAACCCGAACAUGCAGAAACUGCUGGCCGAUGCCUCCCUGGAGCUGGACCCCGAGAAGAAAGCUGAGCUGGAAGAGACCUAUGAACGUCCGGUCAAGGGCGCCCAGCUCAGGCUCCUCUCGGCCGUGAACUCAGCCUUUCUGAGCAACACCAACACGACGGCACUCGACACCCCCGUCACCUUUGCCUUCUCCCACCCUCAGGUGACGCCCGGGCCACAGGAGGAGCUGAUCUGUGCCUUCUGGAAGCGUGCUGCCAACAGGAGCGGGCACUGGGCCACCACGGGCUGCCGGACGCUGGGCGGCGGGCACACCAGCACCACCUGCCAGUGCAGCCACCUGAGCAGCUUCGCCGUCCUCAUGGCCCACUACGACGUGCAGGACCGGCCGCUGGCCCUGAUCACCCAGGUGGGGCUGUCGCUGUCGCUGGUCUGCCUGCUGCUGUGCAUUCUCACCUUCCUGCUGGUGCGGCCCAUCCAGGGCUCGCGCACCACCCUGCACCUGCACCUCUGCAUCUGCCUCUUCGUGGGCUCCGCCAUCUUCCUGGCGGGCAUCGACAACGAAGGCCGCGAGGUGGGGCUGCGCUGCCGCCUGGUGGCCGGGCUGCUGCACUACUUCUUCCUGGCCGCCUUCUGCUGGAUGAGCCUCGAGGGCCUGGAGCUCUACCUCCUGGUGGUGCGCGUGUUCCAGGGCCAGGGCCUGCGCAAGCGCUGGCUCUGCCUCAUCGGCUACGGCGUGCCCCUGCUCAUCGUGGGCGUCUCGGCGGCCGUCAAGACCCAGAGCUACGGCUACCGCCUCUACUGCUGGCUGGACCGGGCCGACGGCUUCCUCUGGAGCUUCCUGGGACCCGUGAUCGUCAUCGUCCUGUGCAAUGCUGUCAUCUUUGUGAUUACUGUCUGGAAGCUCGCGCGCAAGUUUUCUGAGAUCAACCCAGAUGUGAAGAAACUCAAGAAGGCCAGGGUGCUGACCAUCACGGCCAUCGCGCAGCUCUUGGUGCUGGGCUGCACCUGGGUCUCCGGCCUGUUCCUCUUCGACCCGCAGCACCGGCUGCUCACCUACGCCUUCUCCAUCCUCAACUGCCUGCAGGGCCUCUUCCUCUUCGUGCUGUACUGCCUGCUCAACAGGAAGGUGAGGGAGGAGUACCGCAAGUGGGCCUGUAUGGUCGCCAGGAACAAGUACUCGGAGUUCACCACCUCCACAUCCGGCUCCAGCCACAAUCAGACUCGGGCCCUCAGGCCCUCAGAGUCCGGCAUGUGACAGGGUGCAGGACAGAGCGCUUCAAGCCAGGCCAGCAGCUGUGGCCUCCGCAGCUUUUGCACAUGCUGAAGACUGUUUCCUCCUCUCCCACCACUCUGCUCUCCACUCUCCCGCCUCGGCCCCCGUGUGCCCCACUGAGGAGGUCAACAGUUGCCGUCAGGACCGAACCCCACAUGGCUCAGCCAGGGUGCAGAGUCAGAGCCCCUGGGCCUGCUUCUGGCUGCCUCUCUGCUCCACCCUGACCGGCCUGGACUCGCGGUGGGCUGGGAGCUGGCCCAGGGCUGCAGCCCCCGCCCUGGGUCACAAGGCCCCAACAGACCACGGGCUCCUAUGCCCGGCCUGGCCCUUGCCCUCAUCUGUCUUUGCUACAGAACAAGAGGCCAGGUGCCGGGGCUCCACUUCUCUCUUAAGCUAAGACUGGGGUCAGGGGUGGGAGGAGGGCAGGGUCCCUCCCAGCCCCACUGCCUGAGGCUCACGGUACAGAGGCCCGUCUGCUCCGGGGCGGCGGGUUCUCCCUGUUUUGAAGGCUGUGGAUGUUGUGUGAUCUUUUUUAUCUGUAUAGACCUUUCAAUGUUGACACAAAACUAAACAUCACUGAUACACA